AUGCUUGCCUCGAGAAAGCGCCCAGCACCGCUGCUGAUCUUCAUCCUCCUGCUCGUCGUCGGCCUCUGGUGCCACAACAGAAGCUCCGACAGCGCCUACGCACAAUGGCUCGCGUCGGCUGAGUCGCACUCGGCAAAAGCCCCAGCAAACAGCACUCUGGGCUUCGGCACCGUCCUCGUCGUGUCCAAACAAGGCUCCGCCCGUCGAAGGCCGCUAAUCCAAGCCGCCAACGUCACUGAAAUCGACCUCACCAUCCCCCAGCAGCCAGAGUGGACAGAAGGCGACGUCCAGCGCUUCAUCAACGGCCACUCCAAUACCCAGAAGGGCUCCAUCCUGGCCUGGCUUGGCCAUCACAAUGCCCUGCGCUGGUUCCUGGAUUCUGGCCUCGAGACGGCACUCAUCCUCGAAGACGACGUCGACUGGGACAUUCGUCUGCGCAGCGUCCAGAUACCGCUGGCGGCAAGCGCGACCCGCCAGCUCCUUCCCCCGGUACGCUCACGCCACCCCAACAUCAACAAGAACCCAAACCGCACCCAGUACUGGGGCGACCAGGAUGGCUGGGAUGUUCUCUAUCUCGGCCACUGCGGCGACUACUUUGAUGUCGUCGAGGAAGACGGCCCCAAGACCGAUCGCCAGUCGUACAACUUGAGCGCCAUAGCCCACAAGCUGUACCACGACCCCACCAUGCCCUCUUGGCUCGACCUGCAUCCCUUUACCCAGGCCCUCUUCCGCCUGUUGGGCAUGCCCGAGCGGACCCGCGUCAUGCACCGCUCCAAACUACCCCUCUGCUCCUUUGGAUACGCCGUUACCCGCCAAGCUGCCGAACGGCUCCUCAACGAUCUUGCACCCCCAAAACUCAAGAAGAACGGAGCCCGUGCCUUUGACGUCGCCCUCUUGCACGCUUGCAACAAGGGAGAGAACACUCCCUCGCCAACCCCCGAGUGGCAGCAUCCUAAGAAUUCGCCCGACCCCAAGCUACGAAGCAAAUACCCGAGCCCCGGACUGCGCUGCUGGACACUGAAUUCGGAGCUGUUCCACCACAUGCCUGGUAUGAGCGAGAUCGACAUGUUGAGCGCACUAUCCGGCGAGAAGCCCGGUCUGCCGCCGGUAGAUCGUGCAGCCCAAGCCCAGGUCGUCUCGCGAAACGAAACCACCAACAUCGACUGCGGUUUCUGGAGCGGCGCCUUUGCCUUUGACAACAACGACACAGAGCGCCUUCACUUCCUACAAGAAAAGGUUGGGCGGCAAGGUGUCUGUCUCAAAGACAAGAGACAGCAUGAAGACGCGUUUUAUCAGCCACAAACCGCCCUGGACUAA